AUGGAGGAGGUUUCCAAUGUGAAAUCUGAACUAAGUCCAAGAAGUCAUAGAUUGCUCAUGCUGGAUACUGAUUCUGUUGUAACUACUAAAUCUGUUAAAAGGCGGCGAAGAGAAUCAUCGGUAUUAGGUGGCAAUGAACAACAAGGCGAUGUAUCAGAAAUACAGCAGCCAGUGAGUGGUCAAUCCACUGCAACCACUGUGAAGAGAAGUUCAAGGUUUAGGGGUGUUAGCAGGCAUAGGUGGACUGGAAGGUAUGAAGCUCAUUUAUGGGAUAAAGGGACAUGGAAUCCUACUCAAAAGAAAAAGGGAAAGCAAGUAUAUUUGGGUGCUUAUAACGAUGAAGAAGCUGCCGCUAGAGCUUAUGAUUUGGCUGCACUCAAAUACUGGGGAACAUCGACGUUUACAAAUUUCCCUGUACCUGACUACGAGAAAGAAAUUGAGAUUAUGAUAAAUAUGACUAAAGAAGAGUAUCUUGCUUCAUUGAGAAGGAGGAGUAGUGGAUUUUCUAGAGGUGUAUCAAAAUAUAGAGGAGUAGCAAGGCACCAUCACAAUGGAAGAUGGGAAGCAAGGAUUGGAAGAGUGUUCGGCAACAAGUACCUCUACCUCGGGACUUAUGGUACACAAGAAGAGGCGGCUCGUGCAUACGAUAUCGCAGCAAUUGAAUACCGAGGCAUAAACGCAGUUACAAACUUUGACUUGAGCACCUACAUAAGAUGGUUAAGGCCAGGACCUAAUCCUACAACUUCUCAAGAACAAAAAUCAAACACCGAACCUCAACCCUUCGCCGCCACUAAUUUUAUUCAAACAAGAGGAAACAUGGAUGCAUCAAACUCCACAAUCAAUCCAAAAAAGCUCUUGCAAGUUGAAAAUACAAAGCAGAAAGAGUCUUUCAACUCUUUGAUGACCCCUUUAAGUCCUUGCAGCAAACCAGAUUCACCAACAGCAUUAGGACUUCUACUAAAAUCCUCGAUGUUUAGAGAACUAAUGCAGAGAAAUCUAAAUUCAUCUAAUGAAGACGAAGAAAUUGAAUUGAAAUACCCUCAAGAAGGGAUUGCAGGGGUUUUUGACAUUGACAACAACAGUAACACUUACUUGUGCUCUUCUAAUAUAAGCAGAUUACCUAACUUGGUAUCAUCGGAAGAGAGGCCGUUGCCUAUGUAUCAUGGAACUAUGCAAUCCCUAUGGAAUGGCCCUUCCAACAUUUCUAACUGA